AUGAACAAUACUCUCUCGCUAACCUCAGACCCAUUCACCAUCACCUAUCCAACCGCCGUGCAGACAUCCCUGAACUCUGGAGCGUCUUUCGCAAAAUUCGACUACUCCGGAAGGUUCGUCGCAGCGGGAAGGCCCGACGGGAUAGCCAUCAUAUGGGACCUCGACACCAGGGCUCCAGUGCGGUGGCUGGACGGUCACGUCAAAGCGAUCACCAGCGUAGACUGGUCAAGGAAUUCAAGAUAUGUGCUGACGUCGUCGAAAGACUGGAAUAUAUCUGUUUGGGACCUCGCAUCAGAGACGGACCCAACGCGCCGUGAAGCUAUCAUUCGCUUCGACGCGCCCAUCGUGUCUGCCUCGUUCCAUCCAAAAAACUGCAAGAUUAUUUUGGUCUUACUGGGAACUGGUGAAGCAUACCUCGUGGACCGUCGUAAAGAGUACAGGGGCCGCUUCGAGCUCUGUGAGGUACAAGGGGAUAGUGAUGAUGAAUCUCAAAUGAACCGUACCAGCUCUGGAGUCACGGUUGCACGCUUUGACCCCACAGGCCGUUAUAUCUUCCUAGGGAUGUCGUCUGGAUACGUGCUUGUAUUCAACACGCGCACAAAAGCGAUGAUAGCGCGGCAUAAGAUUGCAGGCGCAGGUAUUAUCAAGGGUCUCGAGUUCGCAAAAGCUGGACGUCGACUCGUCACAAACUCGUCUGAUCGCAUUUUAAGACAAUUUAAUCUGCCAGUGUACACGACUCCAACCACAGAUGCAGAAUGCCUCGAGCAAGAGCUUGAGCCUACAUAUCGCUUCAACGACCCCAUCAGCAAGACCGCGUGGCUCGCGAUGUCAUACAGCCCGGAUGGGGAAUAUCUCGCAGGAGGCGCGGCUGACAAUGCUGCACACAAGAUAUACAUAUGGGACAUUGCCAACGAAGGUCAAUUCGCUGCGGCUUUGGAUGGUGGGCGUGAACCACUGCUGCAUGUUCACUGGCAUCCCAACAAACCUGCCAUCGUGUCAACGACCAAUCAAGGAAAUGUUCUCAUCUGGCACUGUCCAAGGGAAGAACGGUGGGGUGCCUUUGCGGGCGGCUUUGAAGAGGUCGAUGAGAACGUGGAAUACGAAGAACGAGAGGAUGAGUUUGACAUCUCACAGGAGGAUGAGAGCGAACUUGCGCUGCGCAAAAUGAAGGCAGAGGAGGAGGAAGUCGACAUCUUGGGGCUGGCGGAGGACCCAGUCCUCCCCGCGGAAGCACUCCAGCGCAUAAACGAAGAUGAUCCCGACAUUGCAUGGGCGCUGGAAGAGCCAGACGAUGACCUAUCUGGAUGGAGAUUUAAAGUGAUGAUUGAAGAUGACACGGACGGAAUGUAA